AUGGGUACCCUGGGGCGCGCGAUCUUCACGGUGGGCAAGUGGAUCCGGGGCACGGGGCAGGCCGUGGACCGCCUCGGAUCCACCAUCCAGGGCGGGCUCCGCGUCGAGGAGCAGGUUUCAAGGCAUCGUACAAUCAUGAACAUUUUUGAGAAAGAGCCAAGGAUCCAUAGAGACGUGUUUGUUGCUCCCAGUGCAGCAGUCAUUGGUGAUGUUGAGAUUGGGCAUGGAUCAUCAAUCUGGUAUGGAUCCAUAUUGAGAGGUGAUGUCAACAGCAUUCAUAUCGGAUCUGGUACUAAUAUACAAGAUAAUUCCCUUGUACAUGUUGCAAAAACUAACUUUAGCGGGAAGGUCCUCCCAACCAUAAUUGGAAGCAACGUUACAGUGGGCCAUAGUGCUGUAUUACAUGCAUGCACCAUUGAGGAUGAAGCUUUCGUUGGUAUGGGUGCCACUCUGCUUGAUGGAGUGGUGGUUGAAAAGCACAGCAUGGUUGGCGCAGGAUCUCUUGUUAAGCAGAAUACAAGGAUUCCUUCUGGAGAGGUUUGGGUUGGUAAUCCUGCCAAGUUCCUAAGGAAGCUUACAGAAGAGGAGAUUGCGUUCAUCGCCCAAUCAGCAACCAACUAUAUCAACUUAGCCCAGGUCCAUGCAGCCGAGAAUGCCAAGAGCUUCGACGAGAUUGAGCUUGAGAAGAUGCUGAGGAAGAAGUACGCGCACAAAGAUGAGGAGUACGACUCGAUGCUUGGGGUGGUGCGCGAGAUUCCACCGGAGCUCAUCCUUCCUGACAACAUCCUCCCACACAAUGCUCAGAAGGCCGUUGCCCGCUGA